AUGGAGGCUCUAACUUCGUCUCUCCUCUCCACGCCGCCUCCUACGCAUCGGAAUAAGGCAUCUAUCGCUAAGCUCCAUCGUUCGUCCGCAUUGCCGGGGUCCCUUCCCCACGGACCCCGUCCCGCAUUUCCUCCGUCCCUCAAAUCGCCUUCGCCAAUAGCCGGCGGUCCCAAGUGCUGGUCGCGAGUACCCGCGCUUCCGCAAGGCUCCGCCGAUGACGCACGCGCGGCAGAGCGGAGUUACGAUGACGUGGAAGAGGCGAUUCGGCGAAUUUCCGACGAGCAGGAUCAGCUGAGGGCCCGCGUGGUAGAAGCGUCGGAGGCGGCGUGCAAUGCGGACGCCGAUGGCGCGAGCUGGAGCUCCUUCCCGCGACCAGAACCCAAUUCUACCUUGUCCGCAUCCCGGCGGGGUCGAGGCCGGGUGCGCGCACCUCCUUCCGCCAGUCAGGUCCCCCGCCUUCUCGGCGCGCCCACCGCGCCGUCCGCGGCGGCGAGACCGGGUCCGGAGCCAGCUCAGGGCGCGGCGCCGUCUCUUUCCGCAACGCUGCUGUCGCUGUCGCGGCUGUCGCGCGCGGAGACGAGCGGCACGAAGCGCAUGGUAGCCAUGGUUGCCGCGUGGGACGCCAUCGCCUCGCGCCUCCCGCCCUCGCGCUCCCCGCCCUCCGCCGACGGCGGAGCGGGAGCAACAGGAAGCGGAGCGGGAGGAGGCGGCGUGCAGACUGUGCUGGCGGCGCUGAGGCUCGCGCUGAUGGCGCAGCAGCAGCAGGAAGAGCGGGGGAGGGGCAAGGCCGGGCAGGUGUGGCGGCGCGAGACGGUUCGGGUGGCGAAUGAGCAGAGCGGGUCAGGGGGGGACGGCAGAGACGCGUUCACACGAGGCGUGGCCGUUGCUGCCAUACUCGCUGACUUGCGAAUGGAACCAGAUGUGAUAGCAGCGGGGUUGUUAUCAGUCACAGUGCAGCGCGGCCACGUCACCCUGCCGCUCGUGCACGCGCACGUGUCCCCCGCCGUCGCGCGCCUGCUGCACGACUGCGCGCGCCUGCACCGCCUGCCCAAGCGCGUGCGCGCGCUGGACGACGACAUUGCCGCCGCCGCGCGCCAGUUCGCGCUCGCCUUCCACGACCCGCGCGCCGUCGUGCUGCAGAUCGCCGCGAAGCUCGACGCCAUGCAGCACCUCUCCGCGCCGCUCGCGCCGCCCUCCCCGCCCCUCUCCCCCUCCGCCUCGACCUCCCCCGGGUCUUCCCCCGCGGCGGCUCCCCCCAGGGCGACCUCGCGGCAGCAGAUGGAGGCCCUAGAGGCGAUCCAGGUGUGGGCGCCACUCGCGCACACGCUCGGCAUCGGCGCGCUGACGUGGCAGAUGGAGGACGCGGCGCUCCGGCACCUGUUCCCGCGGUCCUACGUGUCCAUCCAGGCGUGGGUGGCGGCGCAGUGGCCGGGCGGCGGGGAGAGGCUGGUGGGGGAGGUGCGGAGGCGGGUGGAGGAGGUGUUGGCGGGGGACGCGCAGCUGCGGGGCGCAGUGGGCGGGUGGGCGGUGAGCGGACGCGUGAAGAGCAUGUGGAGCGUCAUGAAGAAAGUGCUCCGCGACGGCCGCCCCCGCACGCGCGUCAACGACCUCUUCGGCCUCCGCAUUGUGCUCUCCCCGCGCGCGCGCGCUGGUGGCGCGGGAGGGGAGAGCGCGGACGGGGAGGCGGGCGAGGCGAGGGGAGGUACGGGGGAGGGGAGCCCGCCGGGGGAGGGGGAGGAGGAAGAGGCGGAAAGGGAGGCGGCGGAGGCGUGUUACCGGAUGCAGCAGCUGAAGGGGGUGAUGGAGCUGCUGGCGGCGGCAGCGGCGGGCAGCAGGGCGGACCUCGGCCUGGGCCCGCGCUUCCCCAUGGCGCAGCUCGCGCAGGGCGCCGCGCUUGACGCUGACGUGGCCGCUGACGUGUCUGAUGCCGUUGCUGCGGCGGCGGGGGCAGGCAGAGAGGGGCUGGGCUGGAGCGGGGGAGGCGAGAGGGAGGAGGAUGGGAGAACAGAGUGGGGUUCAGGGCAGUUCAGAGAGCUGCAGGGGAGACAGGGAAGGGGGGAACGAGAACAGGAAGGUGAACAGGAAGGUUCGGAGAAUACUCCCUUGGCGAUCUUGAAAGGAAAGAAAGAUCAGGGCAGAGCCGGUGAUCAGGUGGGUGGGGGCGUCGAAGAGGUGAAGGAAAAGGAAGUGGAUGAGGAGGAGGAAGAUCAUGACCAUUUCUUUGCGAUGCUGGACCUGAACGGCGACGGAGUAAUCAGUGUGGAGGAGAUGAGUCAGUUCAUGCAGCAGCUGGGCGCGGGGGAGGACGUCAGUCAGCUCACAGGCAUGGCAGGCGCGGAAGGAGGGGGCGGUGGGGGGAGGGCGGAGGGUGGGGCGGGCGGGCGGGAGGCGGCGGAGGAGCUAGUGGCGCUGCUGGACGCGAACAUGGAUGGCAGUAUCUGCGCUAAGGAGUUCGCUGCCUUCCGACGCCAGGUGCGUGCACUGCAUAGCUUAAGGGAGGCUGACCGCCAGUCCCAGCAGCACACUGACGAUGAGGAGAGCGGGGAUGCUGUAGGCAGGAGCGAGGACAUUGCCAGUAGUGCGGUUGAUGGUGCUAGCCAGGCUAAUGCGGAGGGCGAUAUAUUAGACUCUCCCCCGUCCUCAUGGGACGAUAGUGUGGAUUCAGAGUGGGAAGUGGUCAUCCCCUCUCGCAGCCCCUCCCCCUCCCCCCCGGCCUCCCCCACUGUCCAGUAUUUUGACUCCUUCCAAGCGCCCUGGCCCGAGGGGGACGCGGAGGACGGGGGGGAGGAAGCGGGGGAAGAGGGGGAAGAGGGGGACGAAGGGCCAGAGGCGCGAGGGGACGGGAGAGGCGCGGGGAUGCAGGCGCAGGUGGUGAGGCUGAGCCUCGUGCGCCCGUCUGGGGCUGGACUAGGGGGGAUGGCAGGGGGGCAGCAGCAGAGGGGCGCGGAGAGGGGAGGGGACGGCAGCAGGGGAAGACAGGGGGGGUUUGGGCAGGCGAGGGGUAGGGCGAGGUUGCAAGGGAGGCAGGUGCGGGUGCAAGGGGGAGUGAUGAAGAGCACGUGGGCGGAGGGAGGCGGGGUGGGGAAGGUGGGGCGGGUGCGGAUGGUGCAAGUGACCCGAUGGGCACAGAAGGAUGUGGGACCAUGGUGGUGGUCCGAGGCAGGACUCACAGCAGCCCGGAAUAUGAUGGACGAGCUGCUGGCACGCCAUCCCAGCAAUGCUAACGUGCUUGUGCACAUGGCUCAGCUUGAGAGACAUGCAGGCAACACGGGGGCAGCGAGGCAGUGGUACGAGCGCAGUGCGCAGUGCUUUGAGGCGAGGGGGCACCUGGGGCGGCAGUACGUGCGCGCGCUGCAGGCGUGGGGCAUGCUGGAGGCCCUGGACGGCCGCAUCGCUGCCAGCCGACGGCUCUUUGAGCACUCGCUGCAAGUCGCCUGGAAGGCGGAGAGGCGGUCAGGGCAGCAGCAGGUGGGGGCGGUGGUGGUGGGGCUGCACGCGUGGGCCAUGGUGGAGCGGCGGGUGGGCAACUUCACAGCAGCGCGCCACCUGCUGCAGCGCGCCGAGCGAGUGGAGCCAGGCAACGCCGUGGUGCUGCAGGCACGCGCGCUGCUGGAGGCGGCUGUGGGGCACCUCUCUGCUGCACGCCACUUCUUCAAACGCGCUGCUGCUGCUGACCCUGCCGAUGCUGCCUGCUGGCAGGCAUGGGCGGUGACGGAGGCACGGGCAGGGCGUGUGGAUCGCAUGAGAGACCUCUUCUCAGCUGCUCUCUCCGUGCAUCCCUCCUCGCUGCCCACCUUACACGCAUGGGCAUGUGAGGAGGCUCGGUUGGGGUCAGCCCAGUCACUGCAGCGAGCGCGGGACCUCUUCACACGCUGCCUCAACGUCGACCCGGAAUGUGCAUACGCACUGCAGUCAUGGGCAGUGAUGGAGCAGAGGGUGGGCAAUGUGACGCAGGCACGCACGCUCUUUGACCGCUGCCUGCAGAUAGCACCCUCCUCCGUGCCCGCUCUCCAGGCAUACGCAGUGAUGGAGCGGAAGCAAGGCAAUGCUCUCAAGGCCCGUGCCCUGCUGGCGCUCGCCCUCUCACUGCAACCCAACAACGCUGCUGUGCUGCAGGAGCUGCAUCCCCUGCUUCAUGUCACCUGUCCACUGCACGGUUUUCCCCCUACCUACUCACCAUCGUCCCCAACUUCUUCCCGCCUCUCUUUGAGGCCCCUCAAAAGUCGUCUAAGUUUUGAGGCGCCUUAA